AUGAAGUUCUCUGCCGCCGCUAUCGUCGCUGCCGCCGCUGCUGGCGUCAACGCUUCCGCCGCCUUUGAGGUCAAGGACUUCUCUGCCAGCUGCAUUCCUCACAGCACCUUCUGCAACUACUCCUUCAAGGUUAUCCAGCCCAACUCCAUGGAGACCUGGGAGAACGCCGUCAAGUGCAAGACCCAAGUCCAGUCCACCAACUACCUCCUCCCCGACGUCUACAACGCCAAGUGCGAGGGUUCUUCCCGCACCUUCGACAUCAACCACACCAAGAAGGGUCUUGUCUUCACCGUCAAGCAGCAGAUCACCCCCAAGAGCUUCACCACCGGCCGCCACACAAUCCCCAACAAGCAGCUUACUCAGGCUACUACCCCCAACGCUGAGAUCCAGUCUUACAAGGGACCUAAGGAGUUCGAGCUUACCCAGAUUAACUAA